AUGAUCACCGUCUUUGCAUUUGUCGGCUACUUUCAAGUUGCUGUCUUCUCCGCCCUACGCGUCUUUGCGAUUACCGGCGGAUACCUCUCUCUCAUUACUCGAAUCUCGCAAAUCAUCAUCGACCUGCUGGUAGUCAUCGCAACAUGGCGGCGAACCUUCCAAUAUUGGAAGGAUAUCUCUAGAUCCCAGUGUCCACCAACAAUUUCAGCGUGUCUGCUCCGCGAUGGAACCGUCUAUUUUUUUGCGCUAUUACUUGUGAAUAUUGCUCAGAUAUUGACACGCAGUCCCACAUUAGCUCCUGUGAGCCCGCUCACCACAGCAAUGCCCCCAAUUCUGGUUAGCCGGUUCAUGCUGAAUCUGCGCCAAGUGCGCUCCGAGCCGAGUACCCAGUCUUGUUCUGCCGUAAUUCCUACAUUUGAACCUACACUUUCGAGCGCCGACUAUGGGGCGUUCACGAGCAUCAUCGGUAACAUCGGCGAGCCCCUGGUACACGGGUGUGACGAAGAGACCGAAGAGCAUUGA